AUGCAGCUCCUGAUCCUCGCCAUGCUGGUCGCCGGGGCAGCAGCAGCAGCCUUACAGGGAGGGGAACGCAUAGUCCCUGGUGGGAAGCCCUGCAUCCCCGGCUCCCGGCCCUACCAGGUGGCUCUCGUGAAGGACGGCCACAUCCACUGCGGCGGGAGCCUGGUAGAGAAGAAGUGGGUGUUGACUGCCGCGCACUGCAACAAAGACCUCGGGUCAGUGCGGGUGCAUCUGGGGGAUUAUAAUCUGAGGACAAACGAAGGCACAGAACAGUUUCGAAGAGUUAAAAAUGUCAUUGUGCACCCGGAGUAUAAUCGACGCCCCCGGGACAACGACUUCAUGCUCCUGGAGUUGGAUGAACCAGCUGAACUCAACAACGACGUGAAAACAAUCAGCCUGGCAACCCAGUGUCCUGCGCCUGGAACAAAGUGCAUCAUGUCAGGAUGGGGCUCCAUCACAUCCCCCCAAUUGACCUUCCCCAAUGAAUUACAGUGCGUAGAGCUCUACAGUGUCAGCCAGGACAGCUGCAAGGAGCGUUACAGGGGCUUGAUCACAGAGAACAUGCUCUGCGCUGGCGUGGAAGAGGGCGGCAGAGACUCAUGUGAGGGCGAUUCCGGAGGCCCACUGGUCUGCGACGGGAUAUUGCAGGGCGUGGUCUCCUGGGGAACAGACGUCUGUGCCCUGCCAAAACGACCUGGGGUCUACGCCAAUGUCUGCAAAGCCGUCCAGUGGGUGACGGACACCAUAAGGGACAGGCCCAACUAAUAGGACUGAGGUCUCAAAGCACGUCAGUCUGGAGUGAGCAGGAGUGGUUCAGAAAUCCAAUUUGCUUUAGAAUCUCGGGAUUGUCCAGACAACCUGCUAUUCUCAUCCUGAAAUCCAACUGACGACUUUGAGGUGGGUUUCCAGAUCAAGAGAUUGAAUUAAAUGUUUGGCCCGGGUCUAC